AUGGGUGUCUACCUAUUCUCCUCUAGCCUGUGGGCAACACUCCUGCUCGCCAUUUUGAUUUAUCGCCUUGUUCGGAUUACCUACAAUCUUUAUUUCCAUCCGUUAUCUGGCAUUCCCGGGCCCAGCGCGUGGGCUGCAUCUCGUCUUCCGUUCGUUUACGCGCUGAUCAGGGGUACCAUCAUCCAGGACUUCCAAAAGCUUCACGAGCAGUACGGUCCCAUUAUCAGAAUUGCUCCAAAUGAAGUGACAUUUGCCCACCCGGAAGCCUACACCGAUAUCUUUCAGCCUCGCCCCGAAAAGAGUCAGGGCCAAUUCCUCAAAGAUCCGCUGUGGUGGGCGCGUCAACCUGGGCAUCCGGAUUCGUUACUCAGCGUUAUUAACCCAGAAAGACAUGCGCAGAUGCGGCGCGUCCUAAGUCCAGGGUUCACAGCCCGCGCUCUCCGCAAACAAGAACCGUUUGUUCAGAAAUAUGUCAAUCUGCUUGUAGCGCAGCUGCAGGACCUUGUCAGCAAAAGUCCAAGCGCCCACAUCAACAUGACACCGUGGUUCAACUACACUACUUUCGACAUCUUUGGGGAUCUCGGUUUUGGCGAGUCCUUUGACUGUCUUCAGCACUCAAGAUACCAUCCAUGGAUUGCCUUACUAUUCGACAGUGUCAAGGCCGCCGGCUUCGUUAUUGCCACGCGGUAUUAUCCGCUGAUUGAAGCCGUUCUACUCAAGUGUGUUCCACCUUCAAUGCGAAAAAUCCAACGAGAUCACUAUCAGCAGAUCGUCGACAAAGUCCAGCGCCGACUGGGCUGGGAACUGCAGCGCCCCGAUUUCAUGUCUUACGUUAUUGACGAGAGGGGUGGUCUUCGACUUGAUGCAGGUGAGCUUUACGCUACCUUUAUGAUUUUGACCACAGCAGGCAGUGAGACAACAGCAACAGCAUUAACUGGGACCCUAAACUACUUGGUAAAUCAUAGCCCCGAAAGUCUUCAACGACUCGAGAAUGAGAUUAGAGGUGCUUUUUCCGGCCUGGACGCGAUCACGCUUGAUGCAGUGCGCAAUUUGCCCUUCCUCAAUGCAGUCAUACAGGAGGGACUCCGACUAUGUCCACCAAUUCCAUGGGUAUUGCCCCGCCUCGUCCCUCAAGGAGGCAGUAUGAUAUGCGGUACAUGGCUGCCAGGUGGGACCCCAGUGUCAAUCCAAGCAUACACCCUCAAUCGUGACCCAACCCUCUUUAACCGAGCCACCUCAUUUCUUCCAGAGCGAUGGCUGGCGUCUUCCACGUCCGACUCCAGUUCUUGCUUUUUCAAUGAUCAGCGCCAGGUCGUCCAGCCUUUCAGCACCGGGCCCCGUGCAUGUCUCGGCCAGCACCUGGCGUGGGCCGAAAUGCGGCUGAUACUUGCCAAAUUGGUCUGGGUGUUUGACUUUGGGGCGAUUGAUGGCCAGGGUGUCAAUUGGGAGGACCUGCGGACGUAUCUGCUUGUUGAGAGGAAGCCAAUCAACGUGCGUAUCAGCUCUCGCACGGUCUGA